AUGACGAGAAGGAAGAUAGAAAUAAAGAAGAUCGAGAACGUAGCUGCGAGGCAGGUGGCUUUCUCAAAGAGAAGGAAAGGUCUAUUCAAGAAGGCCAUGGAGCUGUCAACUCUCUGUGAUGCUGAGAUUGCUCUCUUAGUAUUUUCAGCUUCGGGCAAACUCUUUGAUUAUGCCAGUACAAGCACGAGGCAAGUGAUUGCAAGGAGAAACCUGUACUCAGAUGUAAGCCUUCUCAACACAUACCAACCACUUCUUGAGUUUCAGGUAGAAGGUGAAUAUUUUAAGCUAGACAAGGAACUGAGAGAGAAGACUCGUGAACUGAGGCAGCUAAAUGGAGAAGAACUUCAAGGAUUGACUAUAAAAGAUCUAAAGAAGCUAGAAGAUCUACUUAGCACAUGCUUGCAUCGUGUUUCGAAAGCCAAGGCUGAAGCAAUGAAGCAGGACAUCAGUAUUCUUAAGAAAGAGGUUCAAAGGCUUGAGCAGGAUCAAGACCAAUCAUUGUCCACCUCUCUCACAACGAGGUUACUCUUUACUUGA